ACUUCCAACUUUACGUAGGUUUCCACACAAGCCUUUCCGGUUGCACAGGUUUGAAAGCAGCUGAUUUUCUGGAUGCGUUUUAUUGCCGUCAACUUUUUAUUUAACGCAUUUUCGUUACUUCUGUUUCAUACUUUUGUAACAACAUCUCACUGGUCGAGGUCUGAAGUAUUGUCGUUCUCAUUGUACACGUUAUGAUCAGAGUGUGACGGUUAGGACACCAGAAAGUGUGGGGGGGAGCACUCCGAGAAGGAAGCGGCUAACUUAGUUAUGAUGUCACCAGCUGACAGGUGGGAGUAGCAUAUGAGAGAGUUCUACAAUGUGGACAGACAAGCAAAGAGGAAUCCGAGUUUCUCAGGAGGAGCUGCUCUGCAAGAAUGCCUGUGGGUAUUAUGGAAACCCUGUAUGGCAAGGCUUCUGCUCUAAGUGCUGGAGAGAGAGAGCACAUCCAGCAGCAGCCCCGAGACAAGACACAAGGCCGAGCAAUGAUGGAACUCCUCCCACCUUCUCCAAAUUUGAGGAGAAGAAAAACAUUGAGAAAGGUCGUCGAAUUAACACAAUGAGGAGACUCUUCUGGGGCAGCCCAUCGCCUUCAAAACGUCAAGAGUCUUCUGAAAGCUAUACAAAUGUGUUAAAAGCCUACCAGAGCCUUGAGCCCGGGGACUUUACUGGUUUCCUAAAGAUACUUCGGAGCCCUUCUUCCCAGCGCUUGCAGUCCCGAUGUACAGCUUUCCUCAACACAAUGGAGGCUUACCAUGAUCUGCCGGUACAGAAGCAAUCAGAUCUUGUGCAAGAUUUCUACCAGUCCUUCGCUGAAUAUUUUAGCAGUUUUCCUGAGGCUCAGGUCACUCAGAUAAUGGAGCAUAUAGAGAAGUUAAUAAUGACACGGUUGCACAAAUGGGUUUUCUGCCAUGACAGCUGUGAUGAUGAACAGAAGGACCUGGCUCUCCAGAGAAGGAUACGCUCCUUAAACUGGGUUACUCCGCAGAUGCUGAGCGUACCCUUCCCUGAUAAAAAGACUGCAGACACAGGCGACCCCUUUCUGCCUGCUAUAACAGCUAUAAUUGAAAUGGAUGCGAAACGAGCGCCUCAGGACAAACUUGCAUGUGUGUCCAAAUGCAGUCAACAUGUCUUUGAAGCACUCUCCACCUCGAACAGUGAGCCCGCUAAUGCUGAUGACUUCCUGUCAGGCCUGAUUUAUGUUAUGCUGAAGGCCAAUCCACCUCGCCUACACUCCAACAUGCAGUAUGUGAUUCGUUUUGGUCUCCCUCACAGUCUGAUGGCAGGAGAGAGCGGCUACUAUUUCACAAAUUUGUCUUGUGCGGUGGCCUUCAUUGAAAAGCUGGAUGGACCAGCACUCAACCUCAGUCCAGAAGAGUUUGAGGGCUACAUGCUGCACCAGCGUGCUCCCUCUGCAGGAAACAAGAGGCUGCAGGUUGCCAGCGACACACAACACCUGUUAGAAGAGCUAAAAGGCAGACAGGAGACGCUGGACCAAGGGAUGGAUGCUCUCAACGUGCAACUACAAAAGUGGGUCCAAGCAGUUCAUUCACAACUUGAUGAGGCAACAGCCCAGUUUGCUGUGGUGCAGAAGGAGAUAACAGCUCAGGCUGAGCUCUCACAGGCUUUUUCAUCCCCAUCUCAUGAUUCAUCACUGCAGGGGGAUGACAGAGAUCAGUCUGUGCUGGUGCUUACAGAUCAACAUGUCGAAAGUCCGAAAGAUACAAACUGUUAGCUACAUUAUCAAAGACACCUAAUCUGGUACUUGACUCUUUAAUCAUCAGCACUAAUUUAUGUAGGCUGCAAAACAAACGAUGAUUUAUAUUCCAAUGCCACAUUUGCACAAGUUACAACCACAGAAAGCUGGGAUUUAUAAACCAGUUCAACAUGAAGGAAAACGUGUUGAAGGAAACUUUUUUGCAUUUGGUAUCACAGGGCAAACAGAUUUUUUUAAUGACUUUGAAAAUGAAAAUUAUUUGCACUUGUAUCAUGUUUCAGGACAAAGGCCUUUAAAAAUAGAGUCCAAUUUAUAGAAACCGGUGUGAUCAAUAUUAAUAUUUAAGCACUCAGGGUACACAGCACUUAGGGAUAUCACAUAACACUUCAAGAGUGCUUAUUUAAUAUUCACUUUUUUCUAUUAGUGUAUACCAAUGUGCCUAUAUGUAGACCACUGUGAAAUUAAAAAAUAUGCUACAGGAGAAAAUGUUUGAGGGUAGUUGUAGACCACUACAAGUCGGGGUGUAUUUAGUCAAACCAUGUUUUUCAGAGCUGUGUAACUGUUCUCAACAUGUUGCCUUCACUGUCUGUACGAAGAUGAAAUACCUGGUGCAAAAUGAUUUGUAACACAUUUUACAGUCUCUGUUAGUGUGCUGAAGGUAUGUGUUGUUUACAACUGUUGAAAUGUUUCUGAAGUAAUUAGAGGGUUUAUGUUAUAAUUAAUGAUUGUAUCCAAUAUUAUAUUAAAGUUGACUUAUAUGAUUUAA